UUCUGCUUGCUUCCGAUUUCGUUUCUCCCCGUGAGCCUCGGAUUUUGGAUCGCGGCGUUCCCCCACCCCCUUGAUCGAGCUUUCCGAUUCGUUCGGUGUCAUCGCGCCUUCUCCGAUCGAUCCGCUUCCUCCUCCUGUUGAUGAUUCUGUUGACCUGGCCCGGUCGACUCGAUCGGCUUUACCGGUCAACGACAGUACCUAUCGCGCGAUGGGUUUGGGACUGAGAUUGCCGUUCUUCCUACUCCUCUUGCUGCUGGUCAGCCUGGGAGCCGCACAAGGCCGGAGCACAGUUUUUCUUGAUAUCAAGGAGGCUCGAGACCCUGAUCAAAUCUUGAUGGAUCAGAUAACUUCGAGCAAAACUCCCGUUCGUGUUGAGAGGGGUAGCCCACUAUGCCCAGCUUGCGAGAAGUUUACAGAUGAAGCUCUUAGCUAUCUUAGUCAGAAACAAUCACAAGAUAAGAUGAUGGAGGUCCUUCAUGAAGCUUGUUCUCAGACAUUCUCGUUGGAAAAGAAGUGUGUUGAGUUGGUGGACUCCUAUGCAACUCUCUUAUUUGCCAAGAUCGCUGAGAUCAAGCCGGAAGAGUUCUGCAAACGAAAUGGCCUCUGCAGGGACAAUGCUCUUCUGUCUGGUGUGAGAAGUGAGAGCACAUGUGUGUUUUGCCACCACCUCAUGGAUGAAGUUUUGUCCAAACUGAAAGAUCCCGAUGCUGAGUUCGAGAUAAUUCAAAUUCUCCUCAAGGAGUGCAAAAAGAUCGAAGGUCACGAGCAGCAGUGCAAACGAUUGGUCCUGCAAUACAUCCCUCUCAUCCUGGUCAACGGAGAGAAGUUCCUCGAGAAGAACGAUAUAUGCACCAUCGUCCAAGCAUGUGAUGCCGGCAAAAAGACGGUGGUCGGGUCAUUCUCCGAGGAGGGUUUGCUGCGUGAUGCAUGAAGGUAGAAAGGCUACACCAAGCCGCGUGAACCCGGAGGGAACAUAAUGCACUAGUUCUUCUUGUUGUACAUAGGUGUCUAAAAUUCAACUUGCUGUUGCCUUGUGCUGCUCCUGCAUUCUGUGGAUGCUUUGUAUUAUAAAGGGAGCGGCAUGACGAACAGUAUAUUAUGUCAAUUUGAAGCCGUGUUGUACUUAUUACUUGGUCAAUGUUUUAAUUUGUAAUGGCAUCUGAACAACUGUAGAUACUAAAUCGAGUUUCAGUCUGUCUACUAAAUCAA